AUGGCGUCGCUUCUGUCGCCCAACACCGUCGCCGCGACUACGGCGCGGACGGCCGGCUGGAGGGGCCGCCUCACUCCUAGUGUCACCGCCAUGGCAACCAAGGGCCCGAAGCCCAGUUCCGGCGGCACGAAAAGAUCGUCGGGCACUACCACCGUGUUCCCGGUAGGGAAGCCCGCGGGCCCGCCGCGGCCGGCGACGACGAAGGGGUCGGCGCCCGUGAAGCUGCUGACGAACGUGGAGAAGCUGCGGCUGCUGACCAAGGCGGAGAAGGCGGGCCUGCUGUCCGCGGCGGAGCGCGCCGGGCUGUCGCUGUCGGCGGUCGAGCGGCUCGGGUUGCUGUCCAAGGCGGAGGAGCUCGGGGUGCUGUCGGCCGCCACCGACCCCGGCACCCCCGGCUCGCUGCAGGGCCUCGCGCUCCUGCUGCUGGCCGCCGGCCCCGCCGUCGUCUUCCUCGUCCCCGAGCAGUACCCCUGGGAGGUGGCGCUGCAGGCCGUCGCCGCCCUCGUCUGCGUCGCCGGGGGCUCCUCCGCGUUCGCCGCAUCCAGCUUCGUGUCCAGGCUCCAGGGCUCCUCUGGCUGA